UUUCCCUCCUUUAGGUUGAGCGCGUAGGGUUUUCGCGAUGGUCGCGCCUGGAGGAGGCUUUGGAGCUGCGCCACUGCAACUAGGGAUUGGUGGGCACAGCACAGGAGCUAGAAAUCGCUAGAAUGCGGGCGCUAGAUUCUCCCAGGACGCGCGGCGGCAUGGAAAUCUCGUAAAUCUAUUGGUAGAAUGCGUCCAGGUCGUGAUGGAGAAGGAUUUUUCUCACUCGGGAUCUAGCGGGAGGCGGCGGUUAGAUAGAGUGAACGCAUUGGGGAGGAACACAAGCUAUAAUUCGACCGAGCCAGGCGAUGAGAAGGAUCUAUUCAGGUUGGAUGGAGACGACGAUGAGAGCGUGUCGAAUAUGCUCAGCAGGAUUGGUAUCACGAGGCCAGAUAUGCUGGGGAUUCCGGCAAGCGAAUGGAAUAACAGGAUGAGCCGGCCCUCUUCUGGUGAGUUGCAAUUCAGAGGACAUCCGGAAGCUGAGAAUCCAAGCACUAAAUUGGUGCUACCAUCUAGGCUGGGCAACCGGACGAGAUCGUUUGAGCCGCCUUUUUCAAGGAACUCUCUCGAGGUUGAUCAACCCCGUAGCUACUCUCUCGAGGAAAAAUCUCGGGAAGAUACAACGCGGCAGCUCAGUCCUUUGUCUUCUAGUCCGGACUCACCCUCCACUUCAUAUGAUCGCGAUCGUGGCGAGGCUCAAGCCGCCGUAUCGGAUCGGGACUUUACUUUUCUAAACGAUGGGAGCUCGGAUUCGAGGAGCCACAGCAGCUCGGGUGAUGGGGGUGAAGAUAAGGGCCGGAGUAUGGAUUCGCAGGCCUCAGAUGAUACACAUCCAACUGAGGCGGUGGACUAUGAGCAAAGUCCACAGCCAACAAGUUUGACGACAAGGCUAUCCUGGAGUUCGUGGAAGAAGCUCGAGUUGCUGGGAUCUGGGUCCUUCGGCUCGGUUUAUCGGGCUGUUGGCAGUGAUGGGAACUAUUUUGCGGUGAAGGAGGUCCCUCUUUCCAACGCAAAUGACCAAAGUGGUCUUCAGCUGCAACAGGAGGUAAAUUUGUUGGGUAACCUCCGACACGAAAACAUUGUUCAAUACUUAGGAACACAAAAGACGAAAGACAAGCUGUACAUUUUUCUGGAGCUGGUGACCCAGGGGUCUAUCGUAUCUCAGUACAAACACUUUGAAAUGUUCGACGAACAAAUUAGGAAGUAUACGAAGCAGAUCCUUUCUGGACUCAAGUACCUACACGAGAAGAAGGUUGUGCACAGAGAUAUAAAGUGCGCGAACAUUCUUGUUCACGCUCAUGGAACGGUCAAGCUUGCUGAUUUCGGAAUGGCCAAGCAGUUGGAGAAAAUAGACAGCAUGAGAUCCUGUAAGGGAAGCGUGUACUGGAUGGCUCCGGAGGUUAUAAACCCGAAGAAAACAGCAGGUUUUCCAGCCGAUAUCUGGAGCUUGGGGUGCACUGUUCUUGAAAUGGCCACCGGAAAGCCUCCAUUUAGUGACUGGGAAUGGAACACCGUCUUCUUCAGAGUUGGUCGUGGGGCGCUCCCUGAAAUUCCCGACUCCAUCCAAGGAGACGCUCGAGAUUUUAUCUUAGAGUGCUUGCAAGCGGAUCCUUCAAAACGGCCAACAGCGUCGAAACUCUUGGACCAUCCGUUCGUAAAUUCAAGACCAGUGGUGGACACGACUGGCCUAGUCACCGAAUCCACAGAAAUCGUCUCAGCGUACGACUCCUGGGGAGUUUCAGCAAGGACUGAAACCGGUCGGACUGCGCGAUCAGUCCGGACAAGGCAAAGCAUUUACCACAACCAGUGAGCGGAGGUUUGUGUCGUGUAUUUUAUUUGGUAACACGCAUUUUAGCACAGGAUUUGAUCGUA